CACUUGACAAAAUGAGGCUUACAUUUGUAAUACAGCUUAUGGCAGCGUGUACGACCCGGGGCUUUCUCAUCUCCGCCGAUCAGUGCAUGUCCCCUCCGACCGCAAAAGACUACGCCAACGAGAACUACUACGGUCUCUGGUAUGAAAUAGGUAAAAUACAGACACCAGGAGGGGCGGCUUUCGAACAGGACUGUGUGUGCACUACCAUAGACGUCUUCGCUGUAAAAGGGGCCACUAAUGGGGAUUCCACUGCUAUAAAUAGCUGCAGAAAACUGACGCCAAGUGGAGACUUCCUUAAUGCAACAGGUGCUUUGACAAAUGAAGAAUCUCCAGGGCAUUGGAAGGAGAGUUUCUUUCCCCUUACACCGAAGGCCGACUACAGGAUCAUCUAUCUGACCGACAAUCUGGCUAUCGAGUACGACUGCACGAGCGUCCUCUGGAUCACGAACUAUUGCGUGCACCUGCUCUCGCGCACGCCAACCAUUUCAGAAGCAGACGAACAAGAACUCCUGAAUUUUGCUAACGGGCUUAAUCUUAAUUCGCAGAAUAUCCGUUAUAAAAGGACCUUGCAGAAGGGGUGUUGGUAA